AUCGAGCGAGCGCCAGUAGACACAAAGAAGAAGCGGGAGCACGCGAAGAAGACGAAGAAGAAGACGGCGGCGGUUAGCAGUUAGCAGUUAGCUUCGUCGAGGAAAGUCUCUGCGUUGUCUCGCUCCAUCACUCCGUCCUCCACGUUGUCCCCCGUCUCGAGCGCUGCAGGGUCGUUGGGGAUUCAGUUCUCUUCCCGACCUGCCAACAUGCCGGCCGCACUUACAGAUUCCAGCCAGAUAAUCUGUGAAGUCUGGGCAAGCAAUGUGGAGGAUGAGAUGAGGAAGAUCCGGCAGAUUAUUCAAAGCUACAAUUUCAUCGCCAUGGACACAGAGUUUCCCGGAGUAGUGGUCCGGCCGAUCGGUGAGUUCCGCAGCACGGUGGAUUACCAGUACCAGCUGCUGAGGUGCAACGUGGACCUGCUGAAGAUCAUCCAGCUCGGGCUCACGUUCAUGAACGAGGAUGGAGACUACCCGCUCGGCACGACGACGUGGCAGUUCAACUUCAAGUUCAACCUCACAGAAGACAUGUACUCGCAGGAUUCCAUAGACCUGCUCCAGAACUCCGGCCUCCAGUUUAAAAAACACGAAGAAGAAGGAAUCGAGACGCUCUACUUCGCCGAGCUCCUCAUGACGUCUGGUCUGGUGCUGUGUGAAAACACCAAGUGGCUUUCCUUCCACAGCGGCUACGACUUCGGCUACCUGGUGAAGCUGCUGACAGACGCACGGCUCCCGGAGGAGGAACACGACUUCUUCCAGAUCCUCAACCUGUUCUUCCCGGCAAUCUACGACGUCAAGUACCUGAUGAAGAGCUGCAAGAACCUAAAGGGGGGGCUGCAGGAGGUGGCGGACCAGCUGGAACUGAAGAGGAUCGGGCGGCAGCAUCAGGCUGGAUCAGACUCUCUGCUCACUGGCAUGGCCUUCUUCCGGAUGAAAGAGCUUUUCUUUGAAGACAACAUCGACGAUGCAAAGUAUUGUGGGAGAUUGUACGGCCUGGGCUCCGGCUCCACCCAACCGCAGAACGGCCUCUCCAGCUCGGGUCAGGAGGAAACGAACAACAAGCACUGACCGAGCGCUCCGACCUCUCAAGUGGCUUCGCACUUGUUUUAAAACCCGACCAGCAGAUCCCCCCCCCCCCCCCCAC